GCCGCAAGUCGCGCGAGGCGGCGCGGCGGGCGCGCGCAGGCGCGGGGCGGGGCGGGCGCGCGGCGCUGAUGCAAGAGCCGAGCACGGACUGACCCCGCGGCACCGACCGACCCCGGCCCCUCGGCCCGCGGCCCCGCCGCAGACAUGUCCGGCGACGAGAUGAUUUUCGAUCCUACUAUGAGCAAGAAGAAGAAGAAAAAGAAGAAGCCCUUCAUGCUGGAUGAGGAAGGAGGAGGAGACACACAAACGGAAGAGACUCAGCAAUCAGAAACAAAGGAAGUUGAACCAGAGCCAACAGAAGACAAAGAUGUUGAGGCAGAUGAAGAAGACAGCAGGAAGAAAGAUACAACAGAUGACUUGGAUGAUUUAAACUUCUUCAAUCAAAAGAAAAAAAAGAAAAAAACAAAAAAAAUAUUUGAUAUAGAUGAAGCAGAAGAAGGUGUAAAGGAAUUGAAAAUUGAAGGAGAUGUUCCAGAGACAGUAGAACCUGAAGAUGACCUUGAUAUCAUGCUGGGCAAUAAAAAGAAGAAAAAGAAGAAUGUGAAGUUUCCAGAUGAAGAUGAGAUAAUGGAGAAGGAUGAAGCAUUUGAGGAUGAAGAUAGCAAAAAAGAUGAUGGAAUUUCUUUUAGCCUUCAGUCAGGACCUGCGUGGGCAGGCUCAGAAAGGGACUACACAUAUGAUGAGUUGCUCAAUAGAGUUUUUAACAUCAUGCGGGAAAAGAACCCGGACAUGGUGGCUGGAGAGAAGCGGAAAUUUGUCAUGAAGCCCCCGCAGGUUGUGAGAGUAGGGACCAAGAAAACGUCUUUUGUCAACUUCACAGAUAUCUGCAAAUUAUUACAUCGUCAGCCAAAACAUCUCCUGGCAUUUUUGUUGGCAGAAUUGGGUACAAGUGGUUCAAUAGAUGGUAACAACCAACUGGUAAUCAAAGGAAGAUUCCAGCAAAAACAGAUAGAAAAUGUCUUGAGAAGAUAUAUCAAGGAGUACGUCACCUGCCACACGUGCCGCUCCCCCGACACCAUCCUGCAGAAGGACACCCGGCUAUACUUCCUGCAGUGCGAGACCUGCCACUCCCGCUGCUCCGUGGCCAGCAUCAAAACAGGCUUCCAGGCUGUCACAGGCAAGAGAGCACAGCUCCGUGCCAAAGCUAACUAGGUUUGCUAAUCAACACUGGCGUUGGCAAAGUGUUCUGGGGAGAUGGGACUGGACAGGUUUGCAACCGGAGUGGAUUUACCAUUGUAUUAAAGCAAGGUUGUAAAAACGACAAGAAAUUUGGCUUUUGAUUGAUUGGUCUGUGAAAUCCUUGCAAGAUGCAGAUCCUCAAGCUGUUCACAUACAUUUGCUCAUUGAAUAUAUUUUACCAACUGUAAGGAGCGUGGUGGGAAAGGAGGUGCUUUUUAAUCCGUUCAGACUUCUGUAAAACACAAGAUAAAUUAAAGAUACUAUAACAGUGA